AUGAAGGCUGACGACCCGAAAAAGAUGACGAAGACUGAAGACCCGAAGGAGAAGACGAAGGCUGACGACCCGAAGGAGAAGACGCAGACUGAGGAGCCGAAGGAGAAGACGCAGAUUGAAGACCCGAAGGAGAAGACGAAGACUGAAGACCCGAAGGAGAAGACGAAGUCUGAAGACCCGAAGGAGAAGACAAAGUCUGAAGACCCGAAGGAGAAGACAAAUUCUGAAGACUCGAAGGAGAAGACAAAGACUGGAGACCCGAAGGAGAAGAUGAAGACUGAAAACCCGAAGGAGUAG